AUGGAGGGAACAAGAGUUGCUGUUCACCCUUCACGUGAAGAACACUAUGGACAACCCCUAGGAGGAGUGGAGGGAGACGCGGAAGGUAGCGCGCGGAGACCGACAACUGAUGACGCCAUGUCAUAUCUCGGGGAACUAAAGGACACGCUCCGAGAUGAACCGGAAAAGUACAAUACUUUCGUGGAAAUUAUGAAAGAUUUCAAGAGUCAAAGAAUCGAUGCAAUGAUGGUCGUAGCAAGAGUAAAGGAAUUAUUCACUGGAUAUGAGAGAUUGAUUCAUGGGUUCAAUACUUUCUUGCCGGACGGAUGCAAAAUAUCACCGGAUGAACCUAGGAAGCUUGUCAGUUUCGAAGAGGUGAUUGGGUUCGUCAUCAAGGUCAAGGAACGUUUUCAAAGCGAGGAAAAUGUUUAUCUAUCGUUUCUGGAUGCUUGGCGUGGGAACAACCCAAUUAGGGUGGUCUACAAUGAGGUUGCUGGUCUUUUCGCCGGCCAUCCGGACUUGCUCGAGGAAUUCAAGAGGCUCUUGCCUGAAAUCUCUCAGGAUCAGGAGGAGGUCAGCUCUAUCACUACACCGACCUCCCGCCGAUUGGAAAUGGACCGAACUCGCCAAGAUGGGAUUGCUGAUUCCCAAGCUAAGGAUAGAGCUACCGUGGAUCACCCUCAUCUGGAUGACGAUGAGGAAAUAAUGAAGGUGUACGAGGACGAGGUGAAGCGUUUUGAGGGACGCGUUCAAUUGAUUGUUUCGGCAAUAUAUUCAGUUCUCGCUAUAUUAGUUUUCCUCCUUGCUUUAUGGAUCUAUAGGGGGAAUUAG